UGCCUGCACCAUCUUUAGUCACAAAAUAUCUCAUUAUUUAGUGUAAGAGAGCUUCACAUUCACGAAACACAUAAUAUUAUAUAAAAGAGGCGUGGUUGAAAUUGUUGCUAUAUGCUUUUCGUCCCCAUAGGUUUUACUCUGGGUUGUUUGUUUAGGUGGUUUUGCUAAGAAAUGGGGAUUUGGCACGGACACCCCUAUCUCGUGUAAACAACCUUUAGGUUGUAUUAUUUCGGGGAUGACCACUGUAACACACCUUGUACUGUGUAUGGUAACAUAUUGGUGUCAGCAAAACAUGGAAAGUAAAUCGGUCAUUUUACGUCAGUUAUGUAAUGUAAUAUAAUUCUUGUCAAUAUCCGAGUGCUGAACGGCUUGUAUGACACCCCUCCCCCACUUUUUUCCCACUGUGUAUGCAUGGCAGGACUUUGCCUUACGGAAAUCUAAUGCAGUGUGGUUUAGCUGUGGAACAGGAGGUUACAAGAGACAUAUCUCCUGAAAAGUAAAUUUAGUUUCUGUUGUUGCAGCGCACUACGUGGUCUAUGCAUUAUCUCAACUAGACAUGUUGCUUGCAUUUGGUUUCACAACAAGCAUUAAAGUUACGUUCCCCCAUCUCAAAUUUGUUCUGAAGUUUUGUGAUCACUCCUCACGAAAUACUGAAGUCUGCGCUGCCGCUGUGUAAAAAAAAACGGUUGAGUAAGUGGCGGUAAAUUCCAGCGCGUGAAGACCCUCGUUCUUCACAGAGAGCAUAUAGUGACUUACUAACACAUUCUGUGCAGUUCACAGCAUACUAUUAUUUGGGAGUUAAAGGAAAAGGAAGGAAUCUGUAAAGGGACUUCAAAAUGGAAACGAAAAUUGGUCAAAAGGAGAAGCCAAAGUUUGCUCCCCCGUCAGCUCGUGCCAAGCAGCGUCAGGUUAAAGAAACGACCAAGUCAAAGGAUGGAGACACGAAGCCAAAUAUUCCAAGAGAGAUUAAUGAAAAGAUAGCAACAGAUACAGAAGAACAGGACUAUGGAAUUGAAGAAGUAGGAGUUGUUUUUAAAAAGGCUAUAAAUUUGAGUGAGAAGCAAAAGCCUUGUGCAGGCACAGGAGGGAAAAAAAAGGUAGGGGGUCAAGAUGACCAAGCAGGAGGUAUGGUGACAUUUUCAGAAAGUCAGUCUCUCUCGGAAAUAAAUGAUGAAGCAGGGAGGGAGGGUGCUGAGAAGAAAGAGAAAAAGGAAAAAUUGAAGAAUAAAGCGGAGGAACCAGACACCGGGGGAGAUGAGGAUGCCGAUGGGAUGACAAAGAAAAAUAAACAUGUGCAAAGGACAGGAGACACUGGGGCUGCACAAAAAAACAGGAAGGAGAAAAAGAGGAAAGAGAAGACUGAACAGAUGCCCAAGGCCCAAGAGAAAAGAGAGCAUGUGGAAAAGGCUUCAAAGACAUUGACUGACAGCCAAUAUGACAAUCUCUUUGACAGUGUAUUGGGUGCCUCUGAACUGGAGACCUGUAUGGAGGAUGCCAGAGCAAUACUGUGUGAGGUGGAGUUACUGCAGGCCAGCAUAGACCAGGGCACCAACAAGGUGAGGGAAGAGAGUGAGGAAGAGGGAAGUAGAGACAGCUGUGAAGAGAGGGAGCAAGAGGAACACGAGAUCUAUGAGGAUGGGAGAGAGGAGAUGCAGCGAAGCUACAAGGAGAGAAAGGAGACGGGUGCAAAGGGUGGGAGCUGCCGGAAGAGGAGAAGAGAGGAAGAAGAGGAUGAUGACAGCGAGACCGAUGAAUAUGAUUCUUGGGUGCAGUGCAGUAGAGCAGAAUGUAAGAAGUGGAGAAGGCUGCAGGAUGAUACAGACCCUUCAACCCUGCCCAACAAUUGGACCUGUAGAGAGAACACAGAUUCAGCAUGUAAUAGUUGUGAUGUCCCAGAGGACAGCUGGAGUGUGUCUAAGGAGGAGGAGUUCUACUACUGCAGCCUUGUGCCUGGUUCACUGGUGUGGGCCCAGCAGACUGGCUAUCCCUGGUGGCCAGCCAUGAUUGAAAGAGAUCCGGGCGCCAAUGACUUCCUGCGGUUCAAGACAAGAAGAGACCCUUUCCCCUUUAAAUGCCAUGUGACAUAUUUGGGGAACCCUGUGUCCCGUGCGUGGGUGCAGCGCUGCAGAAUUAGAGACUACAACGACCUUCCAGAGCAGGCAGCCCUCAAUAUGGUGAGGCAGCAGGCGUAUAAGAAGAGACUGAAGGAUGCCAUAAAGAUGGCUGGACAGGCACAGAAACUCCGUCUAGAGAAACGUUUGAACAGGUUUGGGUUUAUGACACGCCGAUCAACAGAUGGACAGAACUUGGAAGAGGAUAGUGACAUUGAAGAAAUUUUAGGACUGUUUGUGGAAUCCAGUGGAAAGGGAAGUGGCAGGAGGAAGAAGGGAAAAGACUCUGGCGAUGAGGAGGUGAAGCCUCCACAGAAGCUGAGGAAACAGACAGAAGAGCGAGUAGAAGAACCGAAAGACGUUGCGAAAGAAGUGGAGAUCAAGAGCGAAAAGGAAAGCACAGACGAGACAGGAAAGAAGGAGAAUGAUGAGAAGAAGAAAGAGGAGUGCGAGUUGGAGAAAAAGAGUCAGACAGAGAAACCUAGGAAGGGAGUGGUAGAUCAAAUGACUGACAAUGAGGGGGAAAAAAACGUGGCUGGGCAGGAGGAGGAGAAGAAGAAGAAGAAGAAGCCGGGGAAGGAAAAGGGGAACACGAAGAAAGACUUGGUGAAAGAAAAGAAGGGAACAGAAAAAAAGGAGAAUCAGAAGAAGGGAGGCAAGAAAGAGACAAAAGAGAUGCAGACUGCACUGAAUAAACAAGAGGAACAGAAGAUGGAAAGUAGAGACGAAGAGGUGCAAGAACCGCAGCCAAGCCCUGUGAAAGAGUCAGAUGACCAGGCGGUACCUGAGAGUGCCAUGGAAACCAGUCUUGAUACAGUCCCCAGUGGCCAGGAGCAAAGAAAGGAUGAGGAAAAGGAGACAGACUUGGAGAGAGAUGAGACAGAACAGAUACCUGAAGAAGUAGAUGGAGAACAGAAAACAAAGGAUAGCACCAUAGAGGAUAGCACCAUAGAGGAGGUGGAGGAGAGUAGACAGGAAGUGGAGGAGGAGGAGCUGAUGGGGGAAGAGAAGGGAGAGGGUGAGACAGAGGAAGGACCGAUGGAUGAGCCAGAAGCAGGACGCGAGGAGGUAGAGGAGAGGCACGAGCAGGAGGAGCGUGUGGUCGAAGGCCUGGGGUUGAGUGAUGAUGAUGAUGGGGCUGAUUUCCUGGACAUGGACCUGGAUCUUAUGGGCUGCAGGGAUGACAUGAUGAAGAGACCCACUUGCGCUGCAGAGGAGGAGGACGAGGAGGAGGAUUUCUCCAUCAUGCUCUUUGAAGAGUAGAGAUGUGAGUGCCUUGUGUCUCUUCCUGUAGCUACACCAGCUUCUCAGACAGUCUUCAGUUUUUCUCUGAUUCAGAUUUGUAACCACUUGUUCAUGUUGUUCAUAAAAAAAAAAAAGAUGAUUAAUUAUUAAUAUUUAAUGAUUAUUUACUGGAAUAUAGAAAUGAUUUGUUCGCAUUAUUUAUUUGAAAUACAUUUUAACUACACAGUGGGGUCAGUGUUUGUCCAUCAUUUCACUGUGUGUGUGUGUGUGUGUGUGUGUGUGUGUGUGUGUGUGUGUGUGUGUGUGUGUGUGUGUG